AUGAUGGACAACCAUGCGCCGCUUCUGGACGAUCAGAUAGCUCAGCUAUUCAAGACCUCUGUAAACCUCUUCUUGAAGUGCCUUGUCACCAAAAACUCACUUUUUCAGUUAGGACCCACUAAAAUCGUUACAAGACCUUUCAAAUCUAAUUCUAACUCAACCCAGCCUCUAGUCAAGUCCAGUGGCAGGGAUUCUCGGGGCUCCGAAGAGGCUUCCCGCAAAAAGAGAAUUGCGUCUCCGCUCCAGGCACGUCCUGAACCAUCACGUAGUGAACGCGAAGGGGACACCGGAGACCGCACGCCAAAAAGACGUAAGCGAGCCCGUGAUGGCGACGAUCUUGAAACGACAUACCUGCGACGGCUCGCUCAAGAUGAACUGAAAGAAAAUUCGAAACUCACAAUUCGGCAGGGCAAAGAUGAAGACACUGACGUAUCUUCUCCCUCAACUAUCUCUGAUAAUUUCAAUACUCCUCGUGGAGGCGGCAAUGUCAUAUCCAAGAACGAAACGAGGAAGCUGUUGGAGGGCGAUGAUAUUCCUCGGCACGUAGAAGCAGGGCGCUCAAAAGAAGACCUGGAGCUUCAGAAAAGCGCAAGAACAGUCUUUUUUGCAAAUGUGUCUAAUGAAGCCGUAACCUCGAAAACUGCACGAAAGUCUCUGCUGAAGCAUCUGAUUUCGUUCUCUGAAGCGGAUGGCACAGCAAAUCCAGCCACUGUCGAAUCACUCCGCUUCCGGUCGACGCCAUUCAGUGAGGGCCGCCUGCCGAGGAAGGCUGCCUACGCCAAAAAGGAUAUAAUGAGUGCUACUACGAGGAGUACUCAUGCUUAUGCCAUCUACAACACUGAACGUGUAGCACUCGAAGCUGCUCGCAGACUUAAUGGCACAGUCGUACUUAAUCGUCAUCUGCGUGCUGACCAUAUAACCCGACCCCGAAAUCAAGAUCAUCGGAAGUGUGUUUUCGUGGGCAAUCUAGGCUUCGUGGACGACGAAAGCAACAUGCGUGAAGCUGAAGCCGAACCCGCACAUGGAUCAGGACGCCGCAAGAAGGGGAAGCAUCCAGCGGAUCAUGAAGAGGGUUUAUGGAGGACCUUCAAUACAAUGGGCGAGGUAGAAUCGGUACGCAUGAUUCGUGACAAAAAGACUCAAGUGGGGAAGGGUUUUGCAUAUGUUCAGUUUAAGGUAAGGGUGAUCUACACCGGCCUAGGUCGUUCACUGACACCAUGCGAGGAUUCAAACGCAGUCGAGAAAGCUCUACUUCUCAACGAGAAGAUGUUCCCACCAAUGCUACCGAGGAAAUUACGGGUCGUAAGAGCCGAUAGACCGACGAAACUGCAGCCAACAGUCAGGCAUGAUCGAUCGAAGUCGAGAUUCAGUCAUGGCCAGGCCGCUCUACCUAAACUUCAAUCAUAUGACCGGACAUCGCAGCUAGUUGGUCGUGCAAAGGCAGCUGAGUUGGGAAAGAGAUCGCAAAAAUCAUCUGAUGAUACACAAGCUCCUCCAUCUUUGGCGUUUGAGGGCUAUCGAGCGACCCAGGGGUCAGUGAAAAAAGGGGCGCGGAAAGGAAAAUUAGGGAAGCCGCAGAAUCGAAGCAGUAGGAGAGGUGCUGAUUUCAAACGCCGCAAAGAAAGCACAUGA